UGAAUAUAGAAAUGUCAGCGUUAUCAUUUUGCUAAUUAAUUAACUUAGUACGAACUAAAACGUCGUGGCUAUUUAUUACCACUAUCUAAAUUAAAAAAGUAAUCCUUUUAUGGUAGGUUGUAAGGGGAUCGGAAUUCGGUAUGGCUAAAUCUGUUAUUAGUGAAUUACUCCAGAUAUUCAAAAGUGGUGUAUCAGCAGUUCUUCCCGACAAUCUAAUACGGAGAGUUUUAAAAUACAAUCCAGUGAGUCAGCAACUAACAAUAUGUGGAGACACGUACAACUUGCAAAACAGGAAUGUGUACCUAGUGGGCACUGGAAAAGCAGUACGAAAUAUGGCUAUGGAGGUGGAAAAUAUACUAGGUUCUAAAAUCAAGAAAGGCAUUGUAAGUAUCCCUGAAGGUAGCUUGGAGGUCAUAAGCGAAACUGUAUCGUAUUGCCAAGGAGCAAAACACAAUUUGCCAGAUCUGAAUUCUAUAACUACAACUAGGAAAAUAUGUGAUCUUGUUACUGGCCUUGAAAAGGAUGAUCUAUUAAUAGUGUUGAUAUCAGGUGGCGGGUCAGCCUUGCUCACUCUACCAAAGCCUCCCAUUACUUUGGAGGAAAAAUCCACAUUGAUCAAAGAUCUUGCUAACUCAGGAGCUGAUAUCAAAGAACUAAAUAUAGUAAGAAAGAAGUUGUCAGAUAUAAAAGGGGGAAAACUUGCUAUAAAAGCACAACCAGCUGAAGUGGUAUCAUUAAUACUUUCUGAUAUAGUUGGGGAUCCUAUAGAUUUAAUAGCCAGUGGGCCUACCCUUGAAAACAGAGAUGACCCUGCUAAAGCUUUAGAUAUUGUCGAAAAAUACAAUCUCUUUACAGACUUGCCAGAUUCUAUUAAAAAUGCUUUAAGAGAAAUGCAUGAUUAUGAACAAUUUCCAGAGGAUAAUGUAAAGAAUUACCUCAUUGGAUCAAAUAAAAUAGGUAUUGAAGCAGCAGUUGAUGAAGCUAGAUCAUUCAAUUACAUCCCUAUAGCUCUGUCUAACACAGUAGUGGGUGUUGUUGAAGAUGUAGCAGUGGCAUAUACAAAAUUGAUUGAAGCAUUUUGUGAAUUACUGAGGGAAGGUAUAAACUCAGAAGCUCUAAGACUUCUAUCGAAAUCUUUAGACUUACCAGAUCUACAUUUAGAAAUAGCAGAUGGUGAUGAUCUGCAUAAUAAAGAUCUGUGUUUAAUUCUUGGUGGAGAAACCACAGUAUAUGUAAAAGGAUCUGGGAAAGGAGGGAGAAACCAGCAACUUGCAUUAGAAUUUGCCAAAAAUUGUUAUGAACUAAAGGAGAACUAUGAAGGAUAUGAUGUCUAUCUACUAAGUGCUGGAACCGACGGGGCUGACGGCCCUACAGAUGCUGCAGGUGCUAUUGGCUACCUGGAUUUGGUUCCAGAUGCUGAAAAGGAAAAGCUAGAUGUGCGUAAAUAUGUGAAAGAGUUUGAUUCAUACAAUUUUUACAAAGAAUUCAUGAAUGGAAAUCUACAUGUCAUUACUGGACAUACAAAUACAAAUAUUAUGGAUCUACAUAUAAUUAUAAUAAAGAAAGCUAAAUAAAAGAGAUAUAUUUUCAUAUAUAGCUGUAUUUAUAUAUAGCUGUAUUUAUAAAUCUAAGAAGAUGGUUUUAGAAAUAAAUUCAACUUAUUCUGUUUAUCUUUUGCUUCCUUCAGUUUGGCUGAUGCUAUGACCGCCUUUUGACAUAAGCCAGCAAACUUAUCUUUCUUCUUUUUAUUAUUUUUGAUAAUCUUCUUUUCUUCCUUUUGUGCACUAGGUAGAUUAUUUUUAUUGUUACAUAAUGAAAAUACAUCUUUUGUAAUACUAUAGACAUUAACUUCAUUCUUUUUAGGAUCUGGUACUUUAGAGGUUUUAGUUUCAUUUGUUUUGGUUGUUUUUGUUUUCUUUAAAUUAACUGUUAUUUUAGUAUCUGCAUUAGAUAGUAAUUUAUUUAUAUUUAAGCUUUCAUUGUUGGCUGGUUUUGUAAUUAUUUUUGUAACCUUUUCUGGUUUUGGAACAAAUGUAACUGUACUUUGUUUACAAAAGGUACAGAGUUGUAUCUGGAACAUAAAAUGUAUACCUAAGUCAUAAGUCAUUUAAACAAGCAUACUAUACCUUAGUUGUACUCUAGUUUGUACUUACUAUUUCAUUACUAUGUAGCAACUCUUUUCUACUAUUUACUCUAUUAUCUUUUCUUACUUUCUGAGAUUUUAUUCUUUGUCUUUGUUUCUUACUGAGCUUUACAGAUUUAAUCUGAAAUCAAAAUUAUAACUAUAAGAUAUGUGAUGUCUAAGUGUAUACUUACUUGUUUUAUAGAUGAAUAUUAUAAUGGUGUUUUAAAUGUCAAACAAGUUACUAUGAAUGUUAAGAAAAUCUAUGUAUACAAAUAAAAUUGUUAUUUUAUCUUCUUUAGA